ACGUUUACGACCGGGUGACACCGCGCUCGGGCAAGCCCACCAUGUGGGCGCUCGUUUUCAAAAGCACGUCUUUCUCCCAUCUGACAGAUUGCUCAUCCUCCAACCUGCCCACCUCCCCACUCCCCCCCACUUAACUCCCUCAGACGUGUACGACCGGGUGACACCUCGCUCGGGCAAGCCCACCAUGUGGACGCUCGUUUUCACUCAAGUCGUCUCUGCGCUCUGGCAUGUGAGUCGUCUCCGCGCUCUGGCUUUCGUCUCCGCGCUCUGGCAUGUGAGUCGUCUCCGCGCUCUUGCAUGUGAGUCAUCUCAAAAGCCCUUGCGCGUCCCCACCCGUCCCACACUCUCCACCUCGUCUCCCUUUGCUAACGCCUCGUCUCCCUUUGCUAACGCCUCGUCUCCCUUUGCUAACGCCUCGUCUCCCUUUGCUAACGCCUCGUUUCUGUCAAUUCCUCGUCUCCUCCACCUUGUCUCCCUCAGCAAAUUGGGUCUUCAACCAGGCUACUACCUCUUCUUUGUCAAUGGUGCCAUCGGCCAACACACCUCCAAGCUGGCAUUCCGGCACACGGCAGCAGCAUUCCCGGAGCCAUCAGCAGCAGUGAAGGCCAUCCUGGACGUGCUGCAAGCCGCGUUCAAAAUGCUCAUCGUCAACUACUCCUUCGCUGGCUUCCUGGACCAUGGGAAAGAGGAGCAUGGGAAAGAGGAGCAUGGGAAAGAGGAGCAUGGGAAAGAGGAGCAUGGGAAAGAGGAGCAUGGGAAAGAGGAGCAUGGGAAAGAGGAGCAUGGGAAAGAGGAGCAUGGGAAAGGGGAGCAUGGGAAAGGGGAGCAUGGGAAAGGGGAGCAUGGGAAAGGGGAGGUGAAAGGGAAAGGGAAAGAGGAGCAUGCCCGCGUGGUAACAGAUGGGGCAGCCAUGUCCAAGCAGCUCAUCGUGAACCACUCCUUCGCUGGCUUCCUCGUGAGAAAGGCCUUCGCUGGCUUCCUCGUGAGAAAGGAGAAAGAGGAACUCCUCUCUGCCUCUCUGGUGCUGCAAGCGGGGCAAGCCAUAGUGGUGUGGCGUUCACUCCUCUUCAUGGGCAUGAUCGUCCCUGUGUGUGUCUCUCUCUCUCUCAUGCGCCGCAUCCCUUUUCUCUCCCAUUCCUUUAGCCUGCCCCCCUCUUCCAUCCCCCCUCUCCCAUCCGCUCCUUUCCUGUGGCUGUGA